GUUCUUUCCUACUCAUCUCUUCUUUAGAAUAAUUAUAGCACUUUUCAUUUUUGUCUUGAAGUCCACCAUGUCUAGUAGCCAAAAUCUGAAAUAUGAGGGUAACUCAUUUCUCAUUGACAUAACCAGUGUCCUUACCGAUUUCACUGUCAAUUACACCAUUAACAAAGCCAAGAAAAGGUGGCGUUUUGCUUAUACAGCAAUUUAUUCUAGACGGGUCAUGCUUUCCCUUGCCAAGGAGGUCAUAUCAAAAAGAAACAGAAACACCCAUCCCUACACAAAAAUCUUCCAAACACAGUCUUCCACUUCCAGCAGCACUCUUAAUAUAGUUGAGCCCUUAGUUCCCCUUCAUGUGAACAGUGGAGCCGAUCAUUAUUGUUUGGUUCCUGAUGUUGACAAAGCCAAACUUGUUAGUAUGGUUAAAGACAAAAACUUGUUAGCCCUUACUGAGUUUGGAGGAGUUGAAGGUGUUGCAAAUAUUCUUGGAACCCUUCCAGCUAAGGGAAUCCUUGGCAGUGAUGAUGAUAUUUCCAAACGAAGUGGAUUGUUUGGUUCCAACACUUACCAAAGGCCACCACCCAAAGUCUUCGUACACUUUGUACUGGAAGCUUUGAAUGACACUACUAUCCUGAUCCUUCUUGUUUGUGCUGGCCUUUCCCUUGGUUUUGGCAUAAAAGAACAUGGACCUGGGCAAGGCUGGUAUGAAGGAGGGAGUAUAUUUGUAGCAGUGUUUCUGGUAGUGGUUGUCACUGCACUCAGCAACUUUAGACAAGAGAGACAAUUUUACAAGUUGUCUAAGAUAAGCAACAACAUCAAAGUUGUAGUUGUGAGAAAUGGAAGGCCACAGCAGAUAUCCAUCUUUGAAGUUGUUGUGGGAGAUAUUGUUUCCCUUAAGAUUGGUGACCAAAUUCCAGCUGAUGGACUGUUCCUAACUGGCCAUUCUUUGCAAGUGGAUGAAUCAAGUAUGACAGGUGAGAGCGAUCAUGUAGAAAUUGAGCUUUUGAAGAGCCCCUUCUUGUUGUCUGGUGCAAAGGUGGUGGAGGGCUAUGCUCAAAUGCUUGUCACGUCUGUGGGAACUAACACUGCGUGGGGCCAAAUGAUGAGCUCUAUAUCCCGAGACACCAAGGAGAGAACACCAUUACAAGCUCGCCUUGACAAGUUAACCUCUUCUAUUGGAAAGGUAGGCCUUACGGUCGCUUUUCUUGUACUCAUAGUCUUGUUCAUUCGUUAUUUCACUGGAAAUACAGAAGAUGAUAAUGGUAAUAAGGAGUUCCAGGGUGGUAAAACCGAUGUGAAUGACAUUUUCAAUGCGGUUGUGCGUAUUGUUGCUGCUGCAGUCACUAUUGUGGUUGUGGCAAUCCCUGAGGGUCUGCCAUUGGCUGUCACUCUCACACUAGCUUACUCCAUGAAAAGAAUGAUGGCAGACCAAGCAAUGGUGAGGAAACUCUCUGCUUGUGAAACCAUGGGGUCAGCAACAGUUAUAUGCACCGAUAAAACCGGCACCUUAACUUUGAACCAGAUGAGAGUGACAAAGUUUUGGCUAGGCCUAGAAAAUGUUAUUGAAAACUUUUCCAAUGCAAUGGCCCCUAAUGUUCUCGAGUUAUUCCACCAAGGAGUUGGCCUCAAUACAACUGGCAGUGUCUAUAAACCUUCAUCAGAGUCUGAACCUGAAAUUUCUGGUAGCCCAACAGAGAAAGCUAUACUCCUUUGGGCUGUAUCAGAUUUAGGAAUGGACAUGGAUGAACUGAAGCGCACACACAAAGUUCUUCAUGUUGAAACAUUUAACUCAGAGAAGAAACGAAGUGGAAUUGCAAUAAGGAAACAGACCAACAACACAGUUCACGUGCAUUGGAAAGGCGCUGCAGAGAUUAUACUUGCAAUGUGUUCUAAUUAUAUUGAUUGUAACGGCAUAGAGAAGUCCCUUGAUGAAGAGCGAAGUAAACUUGAGAAGAUAAUUCAAGGUAUGGCAGCUAGUAGCCUACGAUGUAUUGCUUUUGCUCACAUUGAGAUUUCAGAAGAUAUUGAUUACAACGAUAAGGAUGCACAUCAGGUCCUAAGAAAAGAUGGCUUGACCUUGCUAGGCAUUGUUGGCCUCAAGGAUCCAUGCCGUCCUGAUGUCAAGAAGGCUGUGGAAACUUGCAAACAUGCGGGAGUUCAUAUCAAGAUGAUCACUGGAGAUAACAUAUUCACUGCAAGAGCAAUUGCAACAGAAUGUGGAAUAUUAGAUCUUGAUGGCCAUGUAAAUGCAGGAGAAGUUGUGGAAGGUGUGGAGUUCAGAAACUAUACAGAGGAAGAUAGAAUGGAGAAAGUUGACAAGAUCCGUGUGAUGGCCAGAUCAUCCCCUUUGGACAAACAUUUGAUGGUGCAAUGCUUGAAGAAGAAAGGCCAUGUAGUUGCAGUUACAGGAGAUGGCACAAAUGAUGCACCCGCCCUAAAAGAAGCUGAUAUUGGACUUUCAAUGGGGAUCCAAGGAACUGAAGUUGCCAAGGAAAGCUCUGACAUUGUUAUCUUAGAUGACAACUUCAGUUCUGUUGCCACUGUUUUGAGGUGGGGAAGAUGUGUUUAUAACAACAUCCAGAAAUUUAUCCAGUUUCAACUAACCGUGAAUGUUGCAGCUUUAGUGAUAAACUUUAUAGCAGCAGUUUCUUCAGGAGAUGUUCCCCUUACAACAGUUCAACUAUUAUGGGUAAAUCUCAUUAUGGAUACUCUAGGAGCUCUUGCAUUGGCUACAGAACGGCCUACAAAGGAGUUAAUGCAGAAACAGCCAGUAGGUAGAACUGAACCUCUUAUUACUAGUAUUAUGUGGAGAAACCUUUUAGCUCAAGCUUUAUAUCAGAUUGCUAUUCUGUUGGUUUUACAAUUCAAUGGCAAGUCAAUCUUCCAUGUAAAUGAGAAGGUAAAGGAUACUCUAAUAUUUAAUAUUUUUGUUCUCUGCCAAGUUUUCAACGAGUUCAACUCAAGAAGUAUGGAGAAACUUAAUGUAUUCCAAGGUAUUCACAAAAACCACUUGUUUCUUGGAAUUGUGGGGAUAACUGUUGUUCUUCAAGUUGUGAUGGUGGAACUCCUAAGGAAGUUUGCUGAUACAGAGAGAUUAACAUGGGAGCAAUGGGGAAUUUGUGUUGGAAUUGCAGCUGUGUCAUGGCCAAUUGCAUUGUUUAUAAAGCUCAUACCUGUUUCAGAUAGACCGUUUUUCAGCCACACUAAGUGGGUAAAAUUAUUGGCCUUAAAGAUUAAGCACGCUUUUUAAUUUUACCUACUCACACAUACAAAGUAUCAUGAAUUCCAAGCAUCUUGAAAACUUAAAUAUAUAUUCGUGUAUACUAUGUACGGAAAUUCAUGAUCCUUUAUGUUUAAAACACGGGAUCUUGAAUUUCCUUAUGUCUUAUACUUAAAUGUCAUAUAUUUAGGUGUCCAAGAUGUUUGGAAUUUUAGCGAACACCUUUAUUUAGUGUUAGGGAUCAUGGUAGGAGCAGCAGUUGAAAAAUUUCUUCAAAGAAUAAUAAUAACAGUAACAUCCCCUCCUCUAACAUGUGAAAAUGAGGCCGGUGGGUAUUAGGACACAGGUGAUAAAUUAAUGUUAACGAUUCCUUGGGAUACCCAAAAAAGUAUUAAAACUGUUUGGAUUAUGAGACCUUAAAAUUGAUAUCAGCAAAGUUGCAAGCAGUGUUCACAAGCCUCUGAAGGAAGACUGUCAUUUAAUUUGUCUGUUAGCUUGUUACAUAUGCUAGAACUAGAAAGAAAUUACACUAUGGGAUGCUGAACCUCAUUACCCAAACUUCCAGAGUCAAGGCAAACUAAGAAGAAACAGGUUUCUUAUGGGCACUUCGUUGAUAUUGAAGACCUGGUCCGAGCUAAAGAUCAAAUUUCAUGUGAUUAAAUCUAUAUGUAGCAUUGUCUUACUAAAUAAGCUGUAUGAAAUCACUAAGUGUUGCUUGGUUAUCCAAUUACUAUAUAUUAGAUCUCCAUGCAAGUAGACAUGACUUGGAAAAUUAUUCUUACCCUUUUAUGUCAACGUAUUCUAUACCCCUCUAACUAACGCUGACGAUGGCUUUCUUUCUCUCCAGAAUAAAAUACACAAAUACACAAU